GUUGAUGCUCCUGGAUAUGGCAGGUCUGUGUGGUGUUAUCUUCAUGAUAUGGGCUGUAAAUGCCCUGGUCGCGGCUGAACCCGAAACAGAACCAAAGUGUUCCUACAGUGUUGAGAAUGUCAAGUUUGGCCUAAAGAUAAAGAUGAUAGAUUCUACUCCUGGUGACUACAUCAUAUAUGUUGCUGAGGUCGGAGGUCCAUUUGAAAGAAAAGGCCUUUUUUCCUCCACCAGUAAAAACUCAAGUCAUGACAUCAAACUUCUGAAGCCGUGCACUGAAUAUGAGCUACGUGUCACAUUUAGUGGCUCCAAUGGUACAGAAAUAUCCUGCAACAAAACUGAAAAUAAAACAACAACAAAAACAACUGGAAUGACUAAAGAAGAAAUUAAAAACGGUUCCUGCUCUCCUGGAUAUUUCUGUUACCGAAGUGAAUGGAACAUCAGCAAAUUACUAUCAGAAAACAACAAGGUUUCAGUUGAAGACUUUAACAAUGGAUCAUAUCGUUUCAAACAUGCUUAUGACGACAUGUGUUCAGAUUUAGUUUUGAAGUUUCCUACAAAAAACUGCUCAGACGCCACAUUUACCAUAUCUGAAAACUUCAAUGUUGAUUUUAUUAAUCCAAAUGACAUAAACCAGACUAAACCUGAUAAACUUCCUGCAAAGAUAAACGCAAAAUUACCUUCAAGCUGUAAAAAUCUCAGUGUUGAGUAUAAUUGUUCAGGAAUCAACAAUGACUCUGUUGAACUUUCUGACAUGAAGCCGUUCACAAACUACAGCUGUACUGGUGACAUCAAGAUGAACAAUGGCUCCAUAAUUCAGACACUUCCACCUGUCCAGUUCAACAUUAACUGUGAUUUUACAGUAAACAACCUGAAGACCAGUUCAACCAAUACUUCCAUUGAGCUGAACUGGGAAACAAUGAGUGAUAAUUGUCAAAAUGUUCUCAACAAACUGGAUGAUCUCUCUUAUCACUGCAGCUGUCAGCAAGAGAAAGGCAAGUGA